AUGUCCUAUAGAGGAGGAUAUGGCCAUCAUGGUUAUCAAAAUGGGUAUUCACGAGGUGGAAAUAACUCUUAUAGGUCUGAUAGACGAGAUACGAGUUAUAAAGGGAGUCUGAAUUACUCUCAUUCAACAUAUAAAAGUCAUUAUAAUCAUCAAAUCCCUCAUCUGGGUAGUUAUCACGCGAGUCAUUAUAAUAACUAUCAAAAUACUUACGAUAAUAGUGAUUAUAAAUAUUAUUCAGGUAAAAGAACUCCUCAAUCUGCAAAUAGUGAUACUAAAUUUGAAUUCGCAGUUCAAGGUACUGAUACUAGAACUGGAUCGAAUGAAAAGGAUUCAGAAUUCACUAAACUUGCACAUCAUAGUGAUUUUACAAAAAACAUACAAAUCAUCGAAAAUAGUAAGACUUACAAAGUAUUAUACGACCCAGAAUUAGAUUCAAAAUUAUCAAAACAUGACAAAAAGAUCAAACAUAAAAAGAUACGGUUUAAUGGAGAAGGCGUAUCAGAAAAUUCUGACCCUCGACUAACAAAUUUAACUCAAUAUCUACUGAAACCUAAUAAAGCUUCAUCAAAAUUUCCAUUCAAACAACUACCUAGACCUAAAUUUGUUUUUGAUAAUGAUUCAUUAGGAGAAGCGCCUUUAACUGAAUUAAUUAUAUGGGAUUUACCAUCAAGCACUAACGAAACAUAUUUAUCCAAUUUCCUUAAUAGUUAUGAUUCUUCAAAAGUUGAAAACUUAAAAUUAAUAAACGAUCCAGAAUUUGGAUUUCCUUUGGGUAUAGCUACUUUUAAAUUUCUGGGAAGUAUAGAAAAAUCAAAUAGUGUGGCAGAAAAAUUUAUGAAAACUGUUAUUUCAGAUUCAAUCAAAAUUGAUGGAAAACCGAUAAAAAUUGAAUUUAAUGACAAUAAUGAUAAACUUCUUAAUCAAAAGAUUGAAGCUGCUAGAGUUAAAGUUUUAGCUGUACAAAAGAAAAAAGAAGAGGAAGAAAAGAAGAGGAUAAAAUUAGCAGAGGAGCAAAAGAAAGGAGAGGAAGAAGCUAGAAAGAAACAACAAUUAGAAGAAGAGAAAAAACGAAAAGAAGAAGAAGCUGCUAAAAAGGAAGCUUCAGAACCACCAGUCUCAAAAUUCAAACCUAAUACAACAAUAUUAUCAUCUCGUCAUUCGAAUAAAGUAGUACAAGGAAUAAAUUUACCGAAAGAUCUUUCAAAAUAUAUUAAAAAUCGACCUUAUAUUUUAAUUCAAGAUAAAUAUGUACCAACUAAAAAAACAUCAUCUCAAGAAAUUAAAAGGAUAUUAAAAAAAUACGAUUGGACUAGAGUGUUAUCUGAUAAAACAGGCUUCUAUAUUGUCUUCAACUCAAUAAUUGAAUGUGAAAGAUGUUUCAUGAAAGAAGAUGGUAGAAAGUUUUUUGAGUGCAAAAUGGUUAUGGAAUUAGCUAUACCAGACGGUUUUAAAAAUGUUGAAAAAGAUGAUGACAUGAGAAGUGGAGUCAUUGAUGAAGCUACAAAUAUUUUGAUCAAAGAAUUUGAAACUUAUCUUGUAAAAGAUAUAAGAGAAAGAAUUAUAGCUCCUCACAUUUUAAGUCUUUUAGAUCAUGAUAGAUACCCUAAACUAGUUGAAGAGUUAAAAGCUAAAGAGAAAGAGAAGGAAGAAGCUGCUAAACAGAAAAAUAUUUCAUCAAAUGUAUAUUUAAAGCAAUCUGCAAUGUCAAUCUUGGAAAAACAAAGAUUGGAAUCACAUAACAAGUUACCAUUUUAUAAAAGAGCUAAUGAACGAAUGAAACAACUGAAACAUAAACCAAUUAUACCUAUGCUGCAUGCUUUAAAUUAUGAUGAUGACGAUGAAGAAAAUGAGGAUAAAAAUUCAAGACAUGAAAUUGAUGAAGAAGAUGAAGAAGAUUACGAGUCAACUAGUAGAUCAACCACACCAAUACCUCAACAAUUAAAACGUAUACGAAGUUCAACAGAAACUAGUGUUGAUGAAGAAUUGGAGACUGAACCACCAAAGAAAAAACAUUCACUCCCCACUCCAGAAGAUGAAAAUGAAGAUGAUAUGGAAGUGGAUGUUGAAACUAAAUUAUCUACUUCAAUAGUUGAAUCACCUAAAUCUGAUGUGGAAGAUAACAUAGAUCCAUUAUUCAGACCAACAGAAGAUGGACCUUUAACAGUCUAUCCUGAACCAUUAGCUAGUACCAUUACAGAUUUAGAAUCAUUACAAGAUCAUAUUAAAGAUGAUGAAGAUCUUUUAUUAGCUAGACAAGUUUUAUCUGAAACUAAAGAAACAGAAUUAUCAAAUAUUGAAUAUUGGGCUUGGAAACAAAAUCAAAAUAAAUCAGUAAUAGAAGAAAUAAUAGAUGAUGAAGAUUUAAUAGAAGAAUUACCAUCAAGAUUAAAUUCAAAGGGAUGUUUUAAAUCAGAUGGAUAUAAGAAAAUAUUAGAUAUUGAUAAAAUUGAAUAUUUACCACAUCGUAAAAAAGCUCAUAAACCAAUUAAAACAGUUCAAUAUGAAGAUGAAGAAGAUGAUAAACCAAUUGAAAAUAUUCAAAGUUCUCGUGUUAAUAGAGCUAAUAAUAGAAGAUUUGCAGCAGAUAUAACUGCACAAAUUGGUUCAGAGUCAGAUGUGUUAAGUUUGAAUGCAUUAACUAAACGUAAAAAACCAGUAACAUUUGCAAGAUCAGCAAUUCAUAAUUGGGGGCUUUAUGCAAUGGAACCAAUUGCUGCGAAAGAAAUGAUUAUUGAAUAUGUUGGAGAAAGAAUAAGACAACAAGUUGCAGAACAUAGAGAAAAAAGUUAUUUACGUACAGGUAUUGGAUCUUCAUAUUUAUUUAGAAUUGAUGAAAAUACAGUUAUAGAUGCAACAAAAAAGGGAGGUAUAGCAAGAUUUAUAAAUCAUUGUUGUAGUCCAAGUUGUACAGCAAAAAUUAUUAAAGUUGAAGGUAAAAAAAGAAUUGUUAUAUAUGCAUUAAGAGAUAUUGAAGCUAAUGAAGAAUUAACUUAUGAUUAUAAAUUUGAAAGAGAAACAAAUGAUGAUGAAAGAAUUAGAUGUCUUUGUGGAGCACCAGGUUGUAAAGGUUACUUAAAUUAG